AUGGAUGUGGUCAACACCUCGAGAUCGCCCGGAAGGUCCUCAACGGUGUCUCAGAACUUCAAGAGCCCUCCACCUCCAUCUCCUGGUGUGGCACUCCUCAAGCAGGCUGAACCUCAUGCCUGCUCAGCCACCUUGAUGACCCCAGCUAUGCGAGGGAAUGUCAAGAGCACUGUCAUGGAGGUGGACGAGCGUGUCCACACCUUAACUGAGAGCUUUGAGCCCUUUGCGCCCGAAGCUCGCCCUGGUGAUUGGUUGCUGGACCGCUUUGCGGACCGUCUCCACUUUGACGAGCGCAAUCCUACCCAGGAUAGGCGUCCAUAUCUAGAUGAGCUCAUUGCUACUGUGAGGGCCAACCCUCGCACAGUACUGGCUGCAACUGAUGGCUCUGUCCCUCAAUCCAACCAGUAUCAGGCGGCUUUGGCUGCCAUCAUCUACAAGGGACAUCGCGAGCUCGAAAGGACUUGCUAUGUCUCUGGCAGGGUAACCGCCCUGGAUGCAGAACUCAAUGCCAUUGCAUGUGCAGUGCGCCUUGCUGUCAAGCAGGUGAACUGCCAACAUAUCAUGGUCUUUACUGACUCUAUGGGCUUGGCCCACAGAGCAGUGGACCCCUCCAUGCACUCUGGUCAGGCUUUUAGCUUGUCAGUCUGUCGCACUCUCCAGGAGUGGUUCGAAGUGGAUGAUCUCUGCCGCAUCACCUUCGUUUAUGUUCCGUCUGCAUUGCGGUGGGAUAUCCAUGGUGCGGCACACAAGUACAUCACCAAACUUAAAGUCAGGGUUGGACGUCGCAAGACAGACAAUUCUAUAGAUGCGCUUCACUCCCAAGCGGUGCACUCAGUCCUCGAUUCGUGGAGUUCCACUUUCCAGGAUCCAACCUACUGA